AUGCAUCUCUUAGUUUCUUGUCCAUUUGCCUGGUCAUGUUGGGAGUUCUCGGGUCUUACUGCUGCUGGCAGGGAGUCAUCAACCUUACUGUCGUGGCUAGAAACUUCUGCUACCAGUGUGGACAACGAGGCUUUAUGUAAAAUUGUGAUGAUUUGUUGGGCCAUUUGGUCAGCAAGAAAUGAUCUCAUAUGGCAGCAGCGUGUUCGAACGGUUCGGGAUGUGGUUGUGUUUGCAAGCUCGAGACUUGAUCAAUACAUAAAAGCUCAAGGGCGGGGGAAUAUUCCUUUACUUUCACCUCAUAAAGAAGGUGAUGGCUUGGAGCGCUGGAUCAAACCGAAUUCAGGCAUCAAGCUCAAUAUUGAUGCAGCCACUUUCGAUCGUGUUUCCAAACAUGGGUUCGGGUGUGUGGUGAGGGAUAACAAUGGGGAGCUACUUUCAGUCAUUGCAGGCUUCAAAAAUGGCAAAGUUUCACCCGAGUUAGCUGAGAUUAUGGGCAUUAGAGAGGCUUUAAGCUGGUUCAAGGAUAACAACUACACACGGGCAGUCAUAGAAUCUGACAGCUUGGUCUGUGUUGAGGCAAUUCGAAGUGCAGAAAGAUUUGCUUCUGAAUAG